ACCUUUGAUGAUAUUUCGCGAUGACACCUUUGGAUUCUUCAUCUUAUGUAAAACAAUGUUUCGUUUGCGUUUUUUUGACAAGUUACUUAUUUUGAGUUUGCUUUUUAACUUAAUUGCAGCUUUGGGCAAACCACAGAUGUUCCAGUACUACCGCAGCACCAAGUACACAGAUUCGCGGCGUGCGGGCAGGAAACUGUUCGAGAAGGUGCCAAAUGGCAUGAAUAUCUUUGAGAUGAAGCCACGUCCGCCAAAGCGUGAAACCAAUCUUCCUAAGCGCCAUUAUUAUAAUGUGUCUAAGAGCGCUAAUACGGCGACCACAGUAACGACUAGUAAGCCACUGACUACACCACAAUCAAUUCCUUUUGUGGAUUCUGACACUUACCGCUUAUUCGGUAAUAUUAAAAAUGAGAUUGGCGUUACGGUGGCACGGCCGGAGGGCUCAUUAUGUCGUCGUAGCUUUGAUGGCCGAGCCGGUUACUGCGUUUUGGCUUAUCAGUGCAUACAUGCCGUUAACAACUAUCGUGUGCAUCGCUCCAAAUUAGAUGUGUGUUCAUAUCGUCAAAGUAUACCGGUAAUUUGUUGUCCGCUGUUUGUCAAGCAUGUGGAGCUCAAAAGCCCCAGCGCAAGAAAAUGCGAGCAGUAUAAUGACGUUAUCGAAGGUGUGAAAUUCGAUUUGCCGCGCAAGUUUUCUGGGAAAACCUGUGUACCAAGUUUGCCGUUGAUUGUAGGCGGUGAGGUCACCAAUGAAGCCGAGUAUCCGCACAUGGCCGCAUUGGGUUGGUCUCAAAUAGGCGAGGAUAUAAGAUGGGGUUGUGGCGGCACACUAAUAAGCGAGUUGUAUGUUCUCACUGCCGCACAUUGUGCAACCUCAAACGCAAAGCCUCCUGAUGUGGUACGUUUAGGUGCAUCCAAUCUCAAUGAGAUCUCAAAUGAAUUACAAGAUAUUAAAGUGGCUGUUAUUAUAUUGCAUCCGAAAUAUAAAUCAUUCUCUCACUACCAUGAUAUAGCGCUGAUAAAAUUGGAGAGUAGUGUGAAAAUAUCUUCGAAAGUGCAUCCAGGUUGUCUUUGGCAAUUGCCUCAUAUAAAUAUACCGACUAUGGUUGCUACUGGUUGGGGACGCACCGCAUUCCGUGGCUCUCGUUCCGAUAAGCUACAAAAGGUGGAGUUGAACAUGAUUGACCAAAAUGUGUGUAAAAGAAUAUAUAACAAAGAACGUCGUUUGCCAAACGGUAUUACGGAUGAGCAGUUUUGUGUCGGUGAUAUGGCUGGAGGGAAGGAUACAUGUCAAGGUGACUCCGGUGGUCCUCUGCACGCUGAAUUACCGGAAUUGAAAUGUGUGAAGUUUAUUGUUGGCGUUACGUCGUUUGGCAAAUUUUGCGCCAAACCCAAUGCACCGGGUGUAUACACGAAAGUUUACCCAUAUCUGAAAUGGAUCGAAAGCAUUGCAUUUAAAGAAAACUAAAUCCUGUUAAGAACUGGUUAAAGCUGACUUAGCACUUCAAUUAUUGCUUUAUUUAUUAAAAACAUAUUAUUUAAUUUUUAACAUAUAUGUAUGUAUGUACUUCUUGUCUGUGUGCAAUAAAAUUUGUUAAUUUUA